UAUCUCGCGAAUCGUCAUACCCGAGGCUGAACGAAGUUUCAUUAGUUAUAAAAUCGCCAUUCCGCAGCUGUCCCUCCACGCCCUGAAUCCGCAAUUUCCGCAACAGGGUAGAGUGAUAUUUCCAGAAAUCUGUGAAAUGGAGCAGCAUGACCACGAGAACCACCCGGAAGGAAUUACCAAUCAGGAAAGCUCACUCACAAAUCUACAAGGUCUCCAACAACUCAUGGAGACAUUCAAGGGUCCAAGCACGCCAGAACAGCAGAGUGAAAUCCUGCGAAUACUCAAGAGCAAUCCUCCACUGAUGGCAUCAUUCAUAAAACGAAGGCAGGAAUCACAGCAGAGGCUCCAGAUACAACCACAAAUCGAAUCGAGGGACGGAAUUCAAGGAGUAGAUAAUUCCAUUCGCAGAGAUGUGUCUCUACAUGAGCUCCAGACGCCUGCUGUCAGAGAAGCUUUAAGAAAAUUACUUGUCAUCCUCAAAGAGCCAAUGACAGCAGAAACGCAACACCGCGUUCUUGAGAUACUGAAGAAUAAUCCACCCCUGACGGCUGCAUUCAUAAGACAGAGGCGACUGACCUUGGAACACCAUAAUCAAGGAGUCACACCUCUAGAUCACGGCCAGAUGUUGGAUACUACAGGAGUAGAGCACCUUUUGUCUCAGCUGGAGCUGAAUAAUAAUUAAUCCCAGAUAUUUUGUUAUUUAAAUUGAGAUCAAUAUAGUCACAACAAAUGUACAAAAUUAUUCUCAAUACGAAUAGCAAAGUUUUCCUGGAAUUAUUGCGAAGUUUAUUGAAUUAGUUAAAACGAUUCUAGCGCUUGCACUGGAAAAAAUGGAAUAAUCAAUUAUCAGAGUUAUAUUUGUUUAUAUUAAUAAAAUAUAAUUUUGUGUAGAAAUGAAAAAUCACGAAAAAUACGAGCUUGAGAGAUAAAUAAAUAAAAAAACAAUGCUGUAUAGUUUUGGCCGCGUAAUGUCGCAAACAUUUCAAAUUAUCUUGU